GUUUAAUUUAAUUUUUUAAAUCUUAUUUUCUUUUAAGUAAAUAGAGAUGAAAUUGCUGAGUACAGCUUGCCUGUUAGCAUUAGUCUUAUUGGCCAAUGCUGAAGAGGAAAAAAAAUCUGUAGAAAAUGCUAAAGUAGAAGAAAAUGCAGCAACACAUGACGGUAACGAUAAGAAAAAUGAAAAACGUGGUUUACAUCAUUAUGAAGAUUUUCAUCAUGAUUAUGAACAUCAUGAACAUCAUGAACAUCAUGAACCAAUAAUUAAAGAAGAAAAGACAUUAACAAUUGUUAAAAAAGUUCAUGUACCAUAUCCAGUUGAAAAGCAUAUCCCAGUUCCUGUUGUUAAACAUAUACCAGUACCACAUAAAGUAAAAGUACCAAAACCAUAUCCAGUUGAAAAAAUUGUACAUUAUCCAGUUAAAGAAGUUGUUAAAGUACCAGUACAUAUUCCAGCACCAUAUCCAGUAGAAAAGAAAGUACCAUAUCCAGUACAUGUACAUGUUGAACGUCCAGUACCAGUUAAAGUAUAUGUACCCCAACCCUAUCCAGUUGAAAAGAAAGUUCAUGUUCCAGUAAAAGUUCAUGUUCCAGCACCAUAUCCAGUUGAAAAGAAAGUACCAUAUCCAGUUGAAGUUAAAGUUGAAGUAGAAAAACCAUAUCCAGUUGAAAAAAUUGUACAUUAUGAAGUUAAAGUACCAGUUGAACGUCCAGUACCAGUUCAUGUUGAAAAACCAGUACCAUACAAUGUAGAAAAACCAGUUCCAGUACCAGUUAUUAAAAAAGUACCAGUACCAGUACAUGUUAAAGUAGAACGUCCAGUUCCAGUUCAUGUUGAUAAACCAGUACCAUAUGAAGUUAAAGUACAUGUUCCAGCCCCAUAUCCAGUUGAAAAAGAAGUACCAUAUAAAGUUGAAAAACAUGUACCAUAUCCAGUUAAAGUACCAGUAGAAAAACCAGUACCAGUUCAUAUUGAAAAACAUGUUCCAGAAUAUCACGAAAAAGUUAAACCAUACAAAGUACCAGAAUUAAUUCAUAAACAUUAUGAAGAAGCAGAACAUAAAGAAAUUCCAAUUCAUGAAGAACAUGAAGAAUAUCAAUCUCAUGGUGGCUGGGAAGAAAGUGGUGAAUCCCAUUAUCCAUAA